AUGAUACCUCGUAACGAGCCGACAACCAACGUCUCAGCCAAACGACGUUGUGUAUCUCAAGACCCCGAUGCUCCCUCAGAUAUCAUCACCACGAUGGAGGAUUUACGUUUGCAGAUUGUUGAGCUGAGGCAACGACAAAGAGACGAGCAUGCCGGCAUAACGAGCCUUAAAUCUGACGUGGCGCAGCACAAGGCUAAAGCUCUUGUCAUGGAAAUGAAGCUUUGCGAGUUGGAGAAGGAGAGACAGAAGAACAACGAGAAGAUUGUUAAGACAGACAAGAUAUCGAAGAUACAAAUGGAGAUUUAUCUGCUAUUAACGAGAAGAUUGAGAUUGAAGACACGAAUCUCCUCUAGGCACGAGAAGAUCAGGAGGAUUUGGCGGAGAAGCUGGAUGCGAUUGAUGAAUACAAGCGGAGCAGAAGAAGCAGUAUGCACCUUUGGUCAAGAUCUCACCAACAGCGACGUUUUACAUCGUGUCGCUAGUAUGGCCAGAGUACAUUUGCUCGAAGGAGGCGAUUCCGAGAUACCGACAAUUGUCACUGUUCUUAGCGCCCCUGAUAAAAACGUCCAAGGCGGCGACCGAUAG